AUGGUCGUACCUCGUCCAUCUGGGACGACAUGUCAUACAGGGACGUCUAUCCUUACAGGCAUAUUUGCAGCAGCCAACAUAAUAAUUACAACAGAAACCAAAUUCCUGCCUGGCUCUCUCUCUUCUGUCAAUACCAUAUCAGAUUCAAACCUCGAUGACUUCGCUGUUGACCAAACAGCUCUCACGCUUGUGAAGAACACAAAUCUCUACCAGCUGCAAGAGUUGGGAAGAGUUGAAGGAGUAAUAUCACUCCUCAAAUCUGAUGCAGUGCGUGGAAUUCCUAGCGAUGAUGCUGAGGACAUUCCCAAAAGAAUCAGAGCAUUUGGUUCCAACGUUUAUCAAAAGGCCCCAGCAAGAAGGUUUUUCCAUUUUGUGUGGGAAGCCUUCAAAGACCUAACAAUUCUCAUUCUAUUAGGCUGUGCAGCGCUCUCUCUUGGUUUUGGCAUCAAAAAGCAUGGAUUCCGACAAGGUUGGAUUGAUGGUGGGAGCAUAUUGCUUGCAGUCAUUUUGGCCAUUUCUGUGUCAGCAACCAGCCCUUACUUGCAGAGCAGACAACUGGUCCACAAGAAUAUCCAAAUUGAGGCUGUGAGAGGUGGCAAGAAGCAAAAGAUUUCUCUUUCAGAAGCUGUUGUUGGUGAUGUAAUUUUCUUGAACUGCGGAGAUCAGGUGCCGGCUGAUGGGUUACUUGUAGAAGGCUAUUCACUGCAAGUAGACCAAUCAAGCAUGUCAGGACAAAGUGAUGAUAUUGUUGAAAUUAGCGAUGACCAGAAUCCAUUCCUGUUUUCUGGGACAAAGAUAACACAUGGGUCUGCUCGAAUGAUUGUCAUAUCCGUCGGAAUGAACACAAAACGGGGUGAAAUGACUAGCCAAAUCAGCCAAGACACUAGUGAAAAGACACUACUGCAAGCACGUCUGGAGAAGCUAACUUCGCUGAUAGGUAAAGUCGCAGCGGUGGUUGCUUUCCUUGUUCUUGCAGUGUUGUUAGUUCGAUACUUCACAGGGCAUACGGAAGAUGAGAAUGGAAACAAAGAGUUCAAUUCCAGCAGCAUUAAAGUUGAUGACCUGAUAAGUGCUGUAACUGGGAUUAUAGCGGCUGCCAUUUCAAUUGUCGUGGUGGCAAUUCCAGAAGGUCUGCCAAUAGCACUAACUCUUACUGUUUCCUAUUCUAUGAAGAAAAUGAUGGCUGACAAAGCAACGGUUCUGAGGCUCUCUGCUGCUGAGACUAUGGCAUUUACCACCACAAUCUGUACUGACAAAACGGGUACUCUCACAAUGAACCAGAUGACUGUGACAAAGUUUUGGAUAGGUGACAAUAGUUUGGAACAAGAAGCUUAUUCAUCAAAAAUUUCUCAUUUUGUUCUUAAUUUGAUCCAAGAAGGGGUUGCUUUGAAUACAAGUGGUAGUGUGUACAAGCCUAGCCUGGAUUCAGAAAUUGAGAUCUCAGGCAGUCCAACUGAAAAGGCUAUUCUAUGGUGGGCAGUAUAUGGGUCACAGAUGGAUGCAGAGAAAGUAACGAGGAGUUGUAGCGUUCUCCAAUUUGAGGCCUUCAACUCACAGAACAAGCGAAGUGGGGUUUUGCUAAAGAGGAAGGAAGACAGCACUAUUCAUGUACAUUGGAAAGGAGCUGCAGAGAUCAUACUAGGAAUGUGCUCUAGUUACUACAAACCCUCUGGAGUCGUCAAACAUAUGGAUGAUAAUGAAAAAGGGAAAUUUCAGCACAUUAUUCAAGGCAUGGCAGCUAGCAGACUCCGAUGCAUUGCAUUUGCACAUAAAGAAAUUCCAGCAGAUCAAUAUCGACUGGACCUAAAACAAAAAAUUAUGCUGCAAGAAGAUGGAUUUACCCUGUUGGGACUCAUAGGUCUUAAAGAUCCGUGCCGUCCUGGAGUGUGGAAAGCAGUUAAAGAUUGUCAAAACGCCGGGGUGAACAUCAAAAUGAUCACAGGGGACAAUGUUUUCACUGCACAAGCCAUUGCCACAGAAUGUGGGAUACUCAAGCCUGGUCAGGACAUCUUCAGUGGAGCAGUGAUAGAAGGUGCGGUUUUUCAAAGUUACUCUGACGAGGAUAAAAUGUUGAAUGUGGACAAUAUCUGUGUAAUGGCAAGGUCCUCUGCUCUUGAUAAGCUUACAAUGGUGCAAUGCUUGAAGAAGAAACGGCAUGUAGUUGCAGUGACCGGUGAUGGCGCUAGUGAUGCACCUGCAUUAAAAGAAGCUGAUAUAGGACUAUCUUUGGGAAUUCAAGGGACACAAGUUGCCAAAGAAAGCUCAGAUAUUAUAAUCAUCGAUGAUAACUUUGCUUCGGUGGUGAAUGUUUUGGCAUGCGGAAGAUGUGUUUAUCACAAUACUCAGAAGCUCAUUCAAUUCCAGCUCACAGCAAAUGUUACUGGUCUUGUAAUCAACUCUGCAGCAGCAGCUUCAUCAAGAGCAGUCCCAUUUACAGUUGUUCGUUCAAUUUGGUUGAACUUGAUUAUGGACACACUGCUAGCUCUGGCUCUUUCCAAGGAUAAACCCACAAAAGAGCUCAUGGAGAAGCCGCCGGUGGGCAGAACUAAUCCCCUCAUCACCAACAUCAUGUGGAGGAACCUCUCAGCUCAUGCCCUGUACCAGACGAUAGUCCUUUUGGUAUUACAAUUCAAGGGCAAAGCAAUCCUUGGUGUGGAUGAUAAGGUACUGGGCACCUUGGUAUUUAACACCUAUCUUCUUUGCCAGGUGUUCAAUGAGUUUAAUGCAAGGAAGCUUGAGAAGAAGGAUAUCUUUAGGGGUUUACACACAGACAAAUUGUUCGUGGGGGUCAUUACGGUGGCAAUUGUUCUACAGGUGGUGACGCUGGAACUUUUGAGCAAAUAUUUGGAUACAGGGAGGUUGAACUGCGGACAAUGGGGACUAUGUCUUGGAAUUGCAGCCAUGUCUUGGCCGAUCGGAUGGGUUGUUAAGUGUAUACCCGUGCCACAGAAACCCAUUCUCCGCUACCUGCUCGAGUUGAAGUUGGAAAGCAAACAAGAAUGAGGCAAUUGGAUAAGAUAGAAUCAAGCAGAGGGAUAAACUAUAGAUAUUGACCCCUAUUGACUAAUGUAUAUUCUUUUGUUCAUUUAAAAUACUCAGCACUCAGCACUCAGCACUAGAUAUAACAUCUACUAUGGGUUUAUUUAUUUUUAUUUUUGUCUCUCUCGAAUUUUUAUAUUAUAUAGUCACACUCAGCACUAGAUAUAACAUCUACUGUGGGUUUAUUUAUUUUUAUUUUUGUCUCUCUCGAAUUUUAAUAUUAUAUAGUCACAAUUAUAAGCGAAGAAACUUUA